GGGCAGGUGCUUUUCCACCGCUUCUUCUACUCCAAGUCCUUCGUCAAGCACAGCUUCGAGAUUGUUGCUAUGGCCUGCAUCAAUCUCGCUUCCAAAAUUGAAGAGGCGCCUCGUCGCAUAAGGGACGUGAUCAAUGUGUUCCAUCACUUGCGCCAGUUGAGAGCAAAAAGGACUCCAAGCCCCCUGAUACUUGAUCAGAACUACAUAAACACCAAAAAUCAAGUAAUCAAAGCAGAAAGGAGGGUACUGAAGGAAUUGGGAUUUUGUGUUCAUGUCAAGCAUCCACAUAAGAUCAUUGUUAUGUAUUUACAAGUCUUAGAAUGUGAACGUAAUCAAACCCUGGUACAGACAGCCUGGAAUUACAUGAACGACAGCCUUCGAACAAAUGUAUUUGUUCGUUUUCAGCCAGAGACUAUAGCAUGUGCUUGCAUUUACCUUGCUGCUAGAGCUCUGCAGAUUCCACUGCCUACUCGCCCGCACUGGUUCUCGCUCUUUGGUACCACAGAGGAAGAGAUCCAGGAGAUCUGCCUAACGACGCUGAAGCUCUACACGAGGAAGAAGCCCAAUUAUGAUUUCCUGGAUAAAGAAGUAGAAAAGAGAAAAACGGCACUACAAGAAGCAAAACUGAAGGCAAAAGGCUUAAAUCCUGACGGAACUCCAGCACUCUCAACACUGGGUGGCUUUUCUCCUGCAUCCAAACCAUCUUCCCCAAGAGAAAUAAAGACUGAAGAGAAGAGUCCAGUAUCUCUGAGUACCAAAACCAUUAAAAAAGAGCCAGAAGAAAGGCAGCAAGCUGCAAAGAGCCCUUACAAUGGCAUGAGAAAAGAAAGCAAGAGAAGUAGGAGCAGCAGAAGUGCUAGUCGAUCUAGGUCAAGAACAAAGUCAAGGUCUCGAUCUCACACUCCUAGGAGGCACUACAACAACCGGCGCAGCCUGUCGGGCACCUACAGCUCGCGCAGCCGCUCGCGCAGCCCCCGCGGCAGGCCGCCGCCGCCCCACCACCCGGCGCUCGCGCUCGCGCUCCUUCGAGCGGCCCCACAAGGGCAAGCACCACGGCGGCCGCUCGGGCCACGGCCGGCACCGCCGCUGAGCCCUGCCCAGCCUGUACAUACCGCAGCGACGGACUCGUAUGGACAAGAAACAAUGAGGAUCUGA